AAUGGAAUAGCUUGCACACAGUGGCCAGGAAGGUUACAAUGGGUUGAUAUUUCUAAAAUCAUAAAAUCGUCAAAAACACGUCAAGUAUUGGUUGACGGUGCACAUAAUCCACCUGCAGCAAAAGCCCUUAGAAAUUAUGUUGAUAAGCAAUUACAAUUACAGAAUAAAGAAGUUACAAAGACUUGUAAAGUUUGUUGGAUAUUUGCUGCCACAGAAGGAAAAGAUAUUUCGAAAAUACUUGAAUUAUUAAUGAGAAAUGGCGAUUCAUUGUUUGCUGUGAGUUUUACGAAUGUCGAGGGCAUGCCUUGGGUUAAAAGUUAUGAUCCACAAGUUAUUUUGGACUGUGUAAAUUCAUUUGAACAGAAGGUUAAUUCAAAAGUUGUAGAAAACCUAGGUGAGGCGCUCAGUCAAGCAUUUGCAGGUUACGAAAAACAAUAUCAAAUAGUUGUUUUAUGUGGAAGUUUGUACUUGGUCUCUGAUUUAUUUAGAAUGCUUCAAUGA